AUGCAUCCCAACAGUGGCAAAUCAGCAAUUCAUUCUAAUAUGCAUCCCAACAGUGGCAAAUCAGCAAUUCAAUCUAAUAUCAAUCCCGACAGUGGCAAAUCAGCAAUUCAAUCUAAUAUCAAUCCCAACAGUGGCAAAUCAGCAAUUCAUUCCAAUAUCAAUCCCAACAGUGGCAAAUCAGCAAUUCAUUCCAAUAUGCAUCCCAACAGUGGCAAAUCAGCAAUUCAUUCCAAUAUGCAUCCCAACAGUGGCAAAUCAGCAAUUCAUUCCAAUAUCAAUCCCAACAGUGGCAAAUCAGCAAUUCAUUCCAAUAUCAAUCCCAACAGUGGCAACUCAGCAAUUCAUUCUAAUAUCAAUCCCAACAGUGGCAAAUCAGCAAUUCAUUCCAAUAUGCAUCCCAACAGUGGCAAAUCAGUAAUGAAUUCUAAUAUCAAUCCUUAG